UUGGAUAGCCUGUAAAAUACUGGUUAUAGUACACAUCGUUUGUCCUCGGCUCAUCGUCUCCCUGUCUAACCGUUUCAUAGUAAUUGUUUGACAUCGCUGGCCGCCAGUCGCCAUAGUCGCCAGUUACCAUAGUCGUUCAUUGUGUUCAGUCAACCAGUACAAUAUUUUGAGACGUCCCACGAAAACUUUCCAUUUCUCUUCUACAGCCUAUAGGUGCGUUGUUGUCUUUUCACUCGUCGUUUUCGUGAAUAAUAAAUUAUUAUUACAUUGAACGUUCGUACACCUAUUACUUAUUUAGAUACCUCCCCUCACAUAAAUACUUGGACGUGUUGACGCCUUCCUAUUGACAUAUGUUUUUUUUUUUUCGUUAUUAAUAAUAUUAAAAAAAAAAAAAAAACAUUAUUAUUUUAAUUUGUGUUCCACAGACAUUUCACAACGAAUAUCAAUUGUAACCAGUCACUUGUCAAUACCUACAUACCACAUAAAUAAAACAUAAAUUCUCUUAAAAAUGGGAAUUAAAGGGUUUGCUGUGUUGUUUGUGAUUUUCGCGUUUUACAGUGGAAACGCGAUGGGUAAGUGUGUAAUAUAAUAAUUAUUCAAAUAAAUUUAACAUAAUAUAAUAUUAUAGUGUAGUGUAUUAACGUUGGUGUUUGAUUUGUUUUAUCAAAAACACUCUAAGGUGUAUGAUCAAAAUGCUUUGUGCUUUUUGUUUUUUCAAAAUUCGAUGACUCCAAGGUAUUAUUAGCAAUGUGAAAAUAGUUGUCAAUAAUUGCCAUUUGUGUGCGUAGUAGGUACAUAGUCCAAGAUCUUUUAAACAAUUUCUAUUUGCUACAAUCUAAUUAAUAAUUAUAUACAUCUAAUGUACCUAUUAAAAUUGUUGAAUUUAAGUUUCGAUUAAUAUUUUAAGGUAUGUUAUUAUUAGGGUGCAGAUUUUCAACCAAAUAAACAAUUAAAAAUAUGUAAGAAAAAAAAAAUCAAGUCAAAAGUGUUACUACGGGGUAACCGCUUUGUAAUAAUUCAUUAAAUUUAACCAUCAAACAUACUUAUUGUAAAAAAUAAACUUACCAAUUGUAUGUUUUUCAAUAAAUAUUAAUAAAAAAAAAAAUUUAAAAGUUAUUAAUUCACUAAUACUGAAUUCAAGACAAGUUUGUGUAUUGCUGCCAUUGUGAAUGUUGCAAUAUUUUUAAUUACCAUCAAAAUCAAGGUUUUAAGUUCUUUUUCAACCUGUAGGAGCUUCUUUCAAUUGUUCACUGUAUCAUAGUUAAUACCCAGGCUACUAACCAGGGACAGGUUUUGAAAUUCAAGUUUCCUAAUAGAAUUGGCAAGGAAUAUAUUAGAGGAUAACAUUAAAUGAUUUCUUAAUAAAUUAUUUUUAAUUUAAUUUUUGGAAUUUUCUACUGAAACUGUUUCUAUUUCAAUGAUAUCAAAGUGUUCUUGCAGUACACAAAAGCAAACAAUACAUAAUGUUCAGCAGUGAUACACCACUAAUUUUUUAAAAAUAGCUGAAUAUUUAACAAAAAUAUGUAAGUAAGUUCAAAUAUGUAAUAUCAACUGUAGAUUAAAAUAAUAAGAUUACCCUUCAAAAUAUUUCUAUAAUAGAAUUUAUGACAAAUAUAUAAAUACAUACAAACCCGCACCCUAGUUAUUAUCUGUAUACAAUUUUGAUAAAACCUAUUUUUUGACAACAUGUUUCUAUAAAUAAAAAUCAUAUCCAAUAUAUUUCUUUGAUUCCCGCAUAUAAUUCUAUUGUCUUAUUAAUUUAAGAUUUCUGAAUUAUCUAAGAAUGGAAUAAAUAUUAGUCACUUUAGGCACUACCGUCAUACCUACCUAGGUACUUACAAUAUUAAUUUUCAAAAAUUAUUCAGGUUAGCUGUAUUGUAUACAAUCAAUAUAAAUAUUUUGAUUAUAAUAUACAUAUUUUUAGGAUCUGUUGAUUGUACUUUACCAUGGCUUAUGGAGAACAAUCCAUGGGUAUCUAAGGUUGAAUCUUUAACCGUUAAUAGAUGUCCUACACCACUACUUGGUGAUCCAAGCAAAGAAUAUUGCUGUUAUGAUAGUGAAGGGAAGGUUGAAUGUUGUAAUUUCCAAGAAUUUUUAAUAUUUGGGUAUGUAUAAUAUAUAGGUUUGACUUUCUAAGCAUCAUUAUUUAAUAUUUAAUUUUUUUUUCAGAUUGAUUUUACUUAUUCCAGUCCUCAUUAUUUUAUUGAUUCUUUCAUCUAUUAUCAGCUGUAUUUGUUGUUUGUGCUGUCCGUGUUGUGCUAUUUACAAGCGUAGACAAGGUGGCAGUAAGUACAAUCUAAGAUUGCUUUCUUAAAACAAUGAUGUAGUUCAAAACACAUUUCAAAAUUAUGUUAUAUUUCAAUUGUUCAGUAUCAUUUGUUGUAUUGGUUAUAGAUAAUAUUUUAAAUAAUAUACUUUAUAUCAUUUUCUUAAAACAUUUCUUUUAAUUUCCAAUAUAAAUUAUUGAUAUAAAUAUGAUUAUUGAGCUUCAGCUUAUUUAUUCUUAAAAUAAAUAAAUAUAAAUUGCUUCAAUUAAACCAGUUCAUAUUCUUAUGUUAUAUGACUGAUACCAUAUAAUAUGUCCAUGUUAUGCACGACAGUUGUAACUGAUUACCCUAAAAAAAUCAAUGUACAUUCAAUCAAAAUAUAAUAUAGCUAUCUAUAUAUUAUUCAAUUUCUUUUAUUUUUAUUUUUUUACAUUUCAUAACAAUAAAAAAAUUUAAUCGUAGGUUAUUGUUAAGUGAUAAAUAUUAAUUUCUUUUUUCUUAAAAAUCAUUAAAAUUAAAAUGCAUACUAUCAUGUAACACAUACAUAAUACUAUUAUGUAUGUGUAUCAAUUAUUUUUAAUUUCUACUAUUUAAUCUUUUAAACAAAGUUUUUGAAAUAUAAUUACAUACAUUACAAUUUCAAGAAGAAUAAAAAUUGUUUGAUAUAAUUUUUGAAAUUCUUAAAUUUCUUUUUUGUGAAUCAUUUUUUACCUAUUCAUACUUAUAUAAAGUUAUUUUUAUUUAAACUUUUUCAGUUCCUUUAUAGUAAAAAUAACACUUUAAAAAAUUCCUUGACAUUUUGUAAUAUGCAAAAGACAAACUUCAUUUUACCACACAGAUAAUGACACUUUUCUGGUAUUGCACAAUAGUUAUUUAAGUUAAAUCAUUAAAAUGCAUUAAUCAAAUUUCAAACUAUUAUUGUUUAUAUUCUACCAUAUGAGAAACCAUUCCAGUUUUGUGAGUUGUGCGAUUUGUAAGAGUAUGAGUAGAAGUAUUCAGUGAAGACGAACUAAGAUGCAGUUAUAAAUAAUAUCACAAUAUAAUAAUAUCAAAUCAUAUGAAUUUUCCCCAGCACGCAGCUUGUUUUCUCAUUGGGCAGAGUAUAGCAAUUUCCAUAAAUUUUAUAACAUUUUAUUAUUUUGCCCUUUGCAUUUCCAGGUAUAAUUUUUGAGGAAUAUUUUUAUAAAAUAUAUAUAUAUUUAAAUUAUAUAUUAUUUAAUGCGAAUAUUGGCCUCUUAUAUACCUCAUCUUACACCAUUAAUUAAUAUUUGCAUGUGUCAUCAGAGUCUUUCAGCAAAUUUUGGUUCAGCAAGAAUAAUCUUUGCUUUUAGUUUUAAUAUUAGAAUGAAUUGAGCUAUUAUCAAACUUAAAGAUAGGAACAAUAUCUAAAUUGUGCCUUGUUUUUUUUUUAAAAAAAAUUUUAAUAAUUUAAUUCACUCCAAUAUUAAAACAAAAUACACUUAAUUUAACUUGACUCAAUUUUUUUUUUUUUACAAAAUAUAUACCAUCUGUGCCUUAGGGCACAAUAAGAAUAUGUGAUAAGUAUCAAAUUUUUCAAUAAUUUUUUUUAUUUGGAACUCAUUAUAUGUAUGAGUUAAAAACAAUGAUGAAGUUAACAUUUUUUGGACAAACUUAGUUUUGAAGUUACAGCCUUUUUAAGUUUGCAAUUUUAAGAUUUACAUUCUUUCAUGAAUAUUUUUUAGUUUAUUUUUGGAAACGAGUUUAGAAAGAUGAUAAUUUCAGAAUGUAGGUAUGCCACUAUAUAUUAUGCAGAAUAAAGACCUACAAGAAAGCUCAUAGUUUUCAACGGAUGAUUGGUUUCUCAUUUUUAAAUUUUUGUUUUUCCCCUGUUACAGGUUUUACAUAAUAAUAAUUUUCAAUUUUUUUCGUUUUUAAAAUUUUACAACUCAUGAUCUCGCAAAACGUAAUUAUGGUUGUAACUGAAGACCUGGUCUUUUAAUGUUAGCGAUAAUUUAAUGAGCUAUAACUUCGAAACUGAGUCCAUCCGACACACAUUUUUACUUCACUGUCUUUUUUAACAUGAGUUCCAAAAAAAGAAAUUGUAUACUUUGAGUGGGGUGGUAAAGUUCAUUUGUUCCUUCCUUAAUAGCACCGAGUUGUCCUUGCUCAACAAAAAUUUGUUAUUUUACACCAUUUGUAUGACUAAGACAACACAUGCAGGUAUGACAUCCUCUCGUAUUAUUUUAAGAUUCUACUAAUAACAAAAAUAACUUUUUAUAAGAUUAGUUUUCAAAUUAAUAAAAUGUUCCUAGUAUUAUUUAAAUUUAAUAUUUUGAAAGUGCAUGUAAUUUUGGUUGUGGCGUUUUUUUUUUACUUAUAAGUAAUAUACAUAAAAAAUGAAACGUGACCACCAGUACAAAUGCAUUUUCACAGGUUGUGUAUAAAACUAUAUUACUGCAGGGGUACUCAUUCUAUCACCUACAGUCAACCAUGUCAUUAUAGAUGCUACUCAAGCUGGAAUACCUGAUAAUCAAAUCUUUGCUUCAGGUAUAUUACACAUUAUUAUUCUUUUUAAUUUUUAGUUAAAAUACCGUUCCAAUAUUCUAACAUAAUGUUCUUAUCAUUUUUGAUUGGCUUGAUAGUUAAAUUUUUAAUGAAAAGAUUAAAAUAUGAAACGAUGGUUACAGAAAUUAUUUCAAAUGUAUGCUAUAAAAUAUAACUAUUAUUAUUGUUUAUUUCUUUAAAAAGAUAAUGAUUUAACAACAGGUAUAAUAGAGAAGUAUUAGAAAAAUAAUAAACCAUGCAAUGAAAUUUAUAAUUUAAAAAAAUAAAUUAUUUAGCUAGUAUUUUGAGUUCUUGUUUUUCUAAGACAAGAUAAAAGUUACCAACAAUCAAAGCAGAGUCUUUUCAUUGUCUAUUGUCAUUUUUAUUAAACAAAGGUGCUUAAUUUUCCAAAGAGAAAUAAUUUUAUAGAAUUAAAAAAAAAAUUCUAAAAAUGUAAUUGAUUAUGUAAAGAAAAUUGUGAUAACUGUUCCAAUUCUGGGGAAUUAAUGUGUAUAGAAAACAUCUACAAUAAAUAUAUUUUUUUUUUCAGCUUCAUCAGGUUUUACACCUUUACUACCCAACGAGUACCCUCCACAAUACAGUAGUUUUAAGUAAAUAUAUUUAUAAUUAUUGAAUACUAUUACGCUUUAAAUAUAAAAAGAUUAGAUCCAGACUUCAAAUAAUGUACGUUUUUUACUGUAAUUUUUUUUCUUUUACUAAUAUUUUGUAAGCUCUAAUAAAUCUUAAAUAAAUAUAGUAUUUAUUAUUUAUAAAUUUAAGUUCUUAUUCACAUAAAUUGAAGGUAAUUUUUAAUUUACAUUUUUUUUUUUUUCAAUGUAAAUGAAAUAUUCUAAAAAUAUUAGGCUAAUUAUGUAUGUAAUGUAUUAUUAUUUUUUUAAAAAUUUAUUUUUUUAAAAAUAUGUAUUAUUACUUUUUUGAACUAAAUGAUGCAAAAUAAACAAGAGCAAUACUAAAUAUUCUAAACAAAUUAUAGAGAUUAUAUUUGUAUUAUUAAGAAAUCUUUUAUUAAAAAUCUAUUUUUUAUAGAAUUGCAUUUAAAGCCUGUGCCAAAUUCAUUUAAAAUAAUAAUUUGGAUGUCAGUUAAUUUAAUUUUGCUAUACAUAAAACUGAUAUUAUAAUUAUUAUUUUGAAUUUGUAAAAUUUAUUUUUUGUUUAUUUAUUUAUUUUAUUUUUAUGCUGUUUAAUGAAAAUUGAAUACUGUAUCUAUACAAAUAUACUAAUAAUAUUUUUCUAUUAUAAAAAAAAAACAUUAACGCAAAUCAUGAUAAAUUUAAAAAAAAAACUUUUAAGUUAUAAGCAUCUAAUGGCAUUUAUGUAUUAAAUAUUAUUUGUAUUAAUUAUUUUUUAUUUAAUAUAAUUAAUAAUUUUAUAUUUUGAAAUAAUACAUUAAUAUUAUUAUUGAGCACUUAUCCUAGUAUAAUUUAAAAGAAAAAAGUGUUUUUUUUUGUGUGGGAAGAGAUAUAUUGUAAUAGUGUGGCCUUUUCCAUAUUGGUAGGUAGUUGGUUAAAUAAAAGGAAUUAAAACCGCUUGUUGGGUUACAUUUGACAAAAAAUAUGUCUGGUGAAUUAAUUGUAUACUCACAUAUUGCAAUUAUUCCAGUAUUUCGUCUUCGUUUGUAAAUAUAACAACAUGGACAUACAAAACAAGUAAUGAAACAAACAAUAGUGCUGACUAAAAGACCAAUCGUUGCAAUUAUGAUGACAGGUACAAGACAUAGGAGUCUGAAAAAUUACAACACACCAUAAUGGUUUAGGAC